GUGACAAAUCUUUGACUCUGAAAUUGAUAUUGAUACAAUAAUAUCUGAGUUUAUUUUUUUUCUCCAACUGGGUAUCUCUAAAAUUUGCCAAAUAUGUCGUACAUUAAGGGCAUCGGCUGUGGAUUGCUCCUCGCUCUGGCGAGUUAUUUUUACAUAAGAAAUAGGCGGCGUCCCGAUUCGCGAAAGAAUAUGAAAGUUAUGGUUUCCAUGGAGGAAUUCAAAGGGCAACCUCGGCUCCCAAAAUUCGCUGUCCCAAAACGCUAUGACAUAAAGCUGAAACCGAACCUCACCACGUGCAAGUUUGCUGGCUCCGUGGCUAUUGAGCUCAAAAUCGUGGCAGAUACCAGUUUCAUCGUCCUCAACGCCGCUGAACUCUCCAUCGAUACCACCUCCGUAUCUUUCACCCACCCAGCUGCACACUCUUCUAAUUCUAUGCAGCAGGUGUUAAAGCCUUUAAAAGUUGAUGUGGUUGAAGAGGACGAGAUUUUGGUUUUGAACUUUGUUGACACUCUUCCCAUUGGUCUCGGACUUCUCACUAUCCACUUUCAAGGAUCUUUAAAUGACAAAAUGAAGGGCUUUUAUAUAAGUACAUAUGAGCACAAUGGUGAGAAGAAGAAUAUGGCAGUUACACAGUUUAAACCAGAUGAUGCUAGGCGAUGCUUUCCUUGUUGGGAUGAACCUGCUUGCAAGGCUACGUUCAAAAUCACAUUGGAUGUGCCAUCACAACUAGUAGCUCUUUCCAACAUGCCAAUUAUUGAAGAAAAAGUGGAUGGGGAUUUGAAGACAGUUUCAUAUCAAGAAUCACCAAUCAUGUCUACAUAUUUGGUGGCAAUUGUUGUUGGUUUGUUUGAUUAUGUGGAACAUCUUACAUCUGAUGGAGUUGAAGUUCGAGUAUACUGUCAGGUUGGUAAAGUAAAUCAAGGGAAAUUCGCAUUGGAUGUUGCUGUUAGGACACUUGAAUUAUACAAAGAAUACUUUGCAGUGCCUUACUCUCUUCCCAAAUUGGAUAUGGUUGCAAUUCCUGAUUUUGCUUUUGGAUCCAUGGAGAAUUAUGGUUUGGUUACAUACUGUGAAACAGCUUUGCUCUAUGAUGUUCAGCAUUCCACAGCUGCUGAUAAGCAGAGGGUUGUGAUUGCUGUAGCCCACGAACUAGCACAUCAGUGGUUUGGCAAUCUUGUAACGAUGGAAUGGCGGACUCAUUUGUGGCUGAAUGAGGGGUUCGCAACAUGGGUCAGUUAUUUAGCAGCUGAUCGCUUGUUCCCAGAAUGGGAAGUGUGGACUCAGUUUCUUGAUGAAUAUACAGAGGGUCUUGAGAUGGAUGGGCUUAGAGAGUCCCAUCCCAUUGAGGUGAAGAUAAAUCAUGCUAGUGAGAUUGAUGAAAUAAUUGACUCGAUAAGUUACAUAAAAGGUGCAUCUGUUAUCCGAAUGCUGCAAAGCUAUCUUGGUGCUGAUUGCUUUCAGGGUAAUUGUCUGAGCGUGGUUUUGGGCGACUUGUUGCCCUUGCUUCGUCAAUCUCUAAAUUGGUUCGAGGGUUUAGCUAGGAGAGGGUCAAUGUCUGAGGUUAGAUCUAGCGAUCUCGAGACUGGGUUGUCUUCUAGUGACGACCCGGUUGAAGGAGAUACAGCCGUCUCUGGCCAACGGGUGGUUAGGGCUUUUCAUGCCCUUGAGGAGAUUUGUGGCCUGGACGCUGAGACCGUGAAUAGAUUCAAGGAUCGGUUUUAG